AUGCACCCCGACGAGGCGACCGAGCCGAUCGUGGACGCGGCGCUCGCCGACGGCAAGCCCUUCGCCAUUCUGCCCUGCUGCGCCAACCCGCACCGGAGGACGGCGGUCGGGCUGCCCGUCAUCUCGUACGAGCAGUACCUCGACUACCUGCAGGCCAAGCACCCCGCCAUCCGGCGCGCGCGCCUGGCAAAGUUUGAGGGGCGCAACGUGGUGCUCUGGUACGACCCUCUCGUGCCUUACUGCGAGCCGUGCGAGGAGUGA